AGCAGCACUGCUCUUGUUUCAGGAAGAAGUUGGCGCCCAUAGCGUUGGGUCUCGUUAGCUUACCAUGCAGCUUUUUCCGCUAUAAAACCUUUGAAUACUGUUACAAUUAAACAUUUCCAAAAUGAAUGACAUGGAAUUCAGUGUUCCCUUAUCUUCACUGGCACUCCUCGUUCCUCCUCUACGCCUGAUGUCAGCAGUGAUGUGGGAAGUAGUUCGCCAGAGGAACAUAAAGCACUAUGGGAAACUGGAAGAGUUUGUGUCCAUGGUAACAGAUGCAGUUCCUGAACUGAUGAGUAAAAGAGAGGGCAGACUCCUUUCACUGGGUCUGAGAGCAAGAACAACUUUGGAACUGUUACGCUCUGAGCACCCUGAAGAUCUCAAAGCAGUUGAAAUCCACCUCACCAGAAUCCGUUCAUCUUGCAUAGAGGAGACCAAUGACCCUGUAAUUGAAGCUCCUGAAGCAAAUUUUAUGAAGUUGGUACAAGGCCUCAUUGAAGACACUGAUGGCAGAGAACAUUUCCUCAAGAAUGUGUUUCCUGUGGAGUAUGGCCCUGAUUUUGACACGGCAUUGGAGACUCUAGUUUGUGAAUUCUUCACCAGACUCGAGGAGCUGCUGCCAAUACCAGAUUUCAAACAGACUGCAUCCUGGAUCAGUGCUGCCCCUUCUGUCUUGGAAGAGUACAUGCAGUGUGUUUCAAAUGGAGAAGAUCUGAAAUUUCUUCUCCAGAGCAAACAGUGCCAUGGAAAGCUAGUUAAGAGUGGAGUUGCUCCAUUUCAGUCAGACGAUCUCCUCAUUCCCUCACUGUCUCUUCCUCCCUCGCUGGAAGUGGCUAUUGCUUCUCACCCAAGCGCUUGUGAUGAUGAAAAUGGUGACGUUCCUCAGAUUGUUAUGUUUGAUGAAGAACUGUCAACAAACCCUUCCACUUCGGCUGACUUUCCCGAAUCUCCUAAAGAAGACGAUGUCUCCUGUCCACUCCCGAGACAACAGCUAACGUUGCAUAAAUGCCCCGAGUGUGGCAAAUGUUUCAAACAUCAUUCUGUCCUCAUUGAACAUCAGAGAGUUCACAGCGGGCUGCAGCCUUACAACUGCUCCGAGUGCGGCAGAGCAUUCCGAACAGCCACUCUGCUGGCCGGUCACAGGCUGCGAAAAUGCAAAAAUGCUGCAUAUCUGUGCAUUAAAUGUGGGAACAGUUUUCCAACAUCACUGGACAAAUUUAGACACCACUGUCCUAAGCGGGGCCGCAACUAUGACUGUGCACACUGCGGAAAGACUUUUCAAAAGUCCAGUACUCUGAAGGAGCACCUGCUAACGCACGUCCAAAGUCGACUUUUCAAGUGUAGCCACUGCGGAGAAGGUUUUCCAGGAAUUGGAGAACUGAAAUACCACCAGCAGGUUGAUCACGAUAAGCCCUAUUUGUGUAAGCAGUGUGGAAAGAGCUUUAUCACCUCUAAAUGUUUGGCCAAGCAUCAACAGCGACACGAAGAUGGCAGAGAAAUGGACACUACCAAAUUAAUGAGCAGAAGUAAACAUCGAAAAAGUGGAAAUGCUUAUCGGAGUCCGUCGUCAUCUCUGUCUUCCAGGAGAGUAAACCUCAAAGGUGUCUACCUGCGUGGACGAGUCACACAUAACUGUCCGCUGUGUGGGAGGAGCUUCAAGUAUCGUUUUGAAUUUCUUGAACACCAGCGGUUUCACACUGCCGUGAAGCCUUACAAAUGCUCUCAGUGCGGCAAGGCCUUCCGAACAGAGGCGCACCUGUCCGGCCACAGGAAAAGAAAGUGCAAAAAUGCUGCUCAUAUUUGCACUAAGUGCGGCUGUCAGUUCAGGUCGCUGCACGAGCGGGUCAGACACCAGUGUGUGCAACUGCUGACAAAAUACGAGUGUUCUCAUUGUGGGAAAACCUUCAAGAUGGCUCACCUGCUGAGGAACCACCAGAUGAGUGAACAUCAGCUCCCGUACAGCCCAAACCAUCGCUUCAGGUGUCGAUACUGUGACGAGACCUUCCCAGGGAUCAGCGAGCUGAAGUACCACCAGAGAGUCGACCACGAGAAACCCUAUCAGUGCCAGGAAUGCGGCAAGUGUUUCCUGUCUGAAAAAUGCCUGUCCAAUCACGAGCAGCGCCACAACAACGACAGACCCGAAAGCUGCCCGAUCUGCGGCCGAGGCUUCAGAAACCGCUACGACUUGAAGCAGCACAUGCGCACUCACACAGGAGAGCGGCCUUACCAGUGCACGCACUGUUCCCAGUGCUUCUCGACAGCGGGAGGGUUGAGGAGUCACACCAGGGUGCACACGGGCGAGAAGCCGCACGUUUGCCCAGAUUGCGGUAAAGCAUUCUCGCAGAUGGGCGCGAUGCGCACCCACAGGCUCACCCACACAGGAGAGCGGCCGUUCAAGUGCACGGUGUGCGGCAAAGGCUUCACAAUGGCACACAAAGUGACAGUGCACAUGCGCGUUCACACAGGAGAGCGACCGUACGUGUGCUCGCAGUGUGGCAAAGCCUUCUCUGACGGAAGCGUGCUGAAGCAGCACAUGCUGAACCACUCUGGGGUGAGACCGUACCACUGCCAGAUCUGCCCCAAGACUUACACUUGUCUGAACCACCUCAGGCGGCACCUGAAGAGCCACACGAGCAUGAACUGAAUCCGAUCUGAAAACAGACCAGAAUCAGAAACACUGAAGCUUUCUGUUCAGCAGCGCGUCUGAUGAGCGGAUGCUGACAUUACAGCAGACCAGUCAGAAAGAUACAAUGAAGCAGGGGGGUUAUGUAUGUUACUGUUACAGCUGAGGUGAAAAUCACCUCCUCAUAAAGUUCAUGUUUUCACUGCAGGUAUUUCAUUACGUUUCUUUGUACCUUUUCAAGUCUCCACAGUUUGCCCGUUCUUAUUCUCCAAUCACGCUGCACUCAGUUACUUUAUUCAAAGUGCAUCACUUCCUUCUGUUCAAACAGGUUUGGAUGGUAUUGUGGAUAUUAUUUCAACAACAUUGCACAAGAAGUGCUAAAACUAUAUUUUUGGAAAGGCAUCAACGUUAUAGGUGAAAUCUUGCCAGUUGGGUUUUCUGUAAAUAUCUUGAAAGACAAAUAUGAGAAUGGAGGUUUGAAGUCCUGAAGCAUUCUGUUCAACAUAACUUUGACCAUGUUAGGCCACUUGUUCCACUCUUGAGUUUUAAAUUAAAAUUUCCUCAUUAUG